GGUGAUGGUGUGCCAUAUUCUCUACUAUUACUAUUAUAUAUUUUCGUCUGGUAGUACUACAUUGCAGGCUGCCUCCAUGUUCUUGAUACCGAGGUGUCGAAUACUGCUACCUACUACUACGAGUAGUAUAAUAGCUGAACCAGUAGUAGUACACCUUUGAACUUACUUUAAUAUUCACUCAAGACUACUACUUAAUAUUAGAACAAGAGCUACUACUGCAU